AUGGCGCCAACAUUGGCUGCGGACGCAGCCGUCCAUCAUAUCGAAGCUGGUGGGAGAGUAUUUCCAGAGAGACGAUCAAACUCACCCACAACCUCCAAAUUAUCCGUAAUCGAUGCAACCGUUGCGCGUUUCUCUCCGACGGCAGCAAUAUGGCUCUAUGAUAAACCAAAGAUUACAAGAACAUCGCCAAACGAUCUAUUCAAUACAAUAAGUCAUGCACUCAGUCAAACAUUGGUGGAUUACCCUCACUUCGCUGGCCAGAUUCAGUGGGCCACUGAGGAUCUCGUCAAAGAUGACAUUGUUCCGCGACAUCUCGGUCGGCCCGUGGUGGUCCACGGCACCUCUGAUGAUCCUGGGGUCGAGUUGGUCGUUGUCAAAUACGACAUGAAUCUCGACUGCGUCGUCCCUAGCCGGAAUGAAAGAGCAGCUCGGUUGAAGGAAUGGGACGCCUCAGGUUUUCCACAAAGAGACUUCCUACCACCAACGAAGAUCGCGCUGAUGUCUUUGGACGCUAUCGAUGGUUUGCCUGCGAUGGCCGUGCAGUUGACUACAUUCAAAUGCGGCGGUUUCGGGAUCAGCGCAAAGAUUGCGCACCCCCUCGCGGACGCCAUCACUCUGAUGAACUUCAUGCACUUAUGGGCGGCGCGAUCGAGGAUGAUUCUCGGCGAAGAAACUGAGCCGAGUGAUCUCAAACUUCUUAAGCCGGUUUUCAAUCCAUCCCAGCUGGAUCAGGUCGCUGAGCUACGUCACGGAAGUCCGCCUGACCCGGAAAAGAUUGCAAAGGCCCGGUCGCUACCUAUGCACCGCUUCGACUGGUGGGCGGAAGAAGCACCGGGGUUUCCGGUAGCUGUGAAGCCCAACUCACAGGCGACUAUGCCUCCACCAGAUGAACUGAGCAGGAUAGAGUUGAGCCCGUCAACGUUCCCGCCCUGGGAGACGUGGGACAUGGGUGCAACAGUGGAUCACGCCCAGAUUCGUUUCACCGCCGACGAGCUGGCACGGAUGAAGGAUGCUGCUCAGGCGAGUCUUCCUGACAAUCUCAAGUCUCUCCGCAUUUCCAGACUUGAUGCUGCGCUGGGGCAUAUUUGGACCUUGAUCAACCGCGCUCGUGGCCACCAGGGACGCAAAGAGAGUGUUUAUAUGGACAUCACCCUCGGGCUCCGAAGCCGCGUCAGCCCGCCACUUCCCGGCAACUUUGUAGGCUCUCCGCUCUUACUAGGGUACAUUGAGAAAAACGGCGACGACGCGGCCUCGCAAGAACUGGGCUCCGCUGCCGGCGCUAUUAGGCACAUGAUGUCGCGAUUCACCCCCGAUGCUGUGGCUGCUUACAUCCAUGAUGCUGCCCACGAGCAAGCCUUCCUCGGAUCCCACCACACUCUGGUUACUUCUUGGGUCAAGGCCAGAACAUACGAAGUCGACUUUUUGAGAACAGGAGAUCUAGCAAGAUAUGCCCAAGGCGUGAUGCCCAAGAUUGAUGGCUUGGUUCAAGUCAUGGAUGUCGCGGACACGGGGGACUUCGAUGUCAGUCUGUGUAUGGAGCACGAUGCCAUGGAACGACUUCUAAAAGAUUCCGUACUCCGCCGAUAUGACGGCUCGGAUGUUUAA